UCUUCGUCCGCCAAGGAGCUGUCCUGCCAGGACAUCACCGUGCCCCUGUGCAAAGGCAUCGGCUACAACUACACCUACAUGCCCAACCAGUUCAACCACGACACGCAGGACGAGGCGGGGCUGGAGGUCCACCAGUUCUGGCCCCUGGUGGAGAUCCAGUGUUCGGCGGACCUGCGCUUUUUCCUGUGCAGCAUGUACACGCCCAUCUGCCUGGAGAACUACAAGAAGCCGCUGCCGCCCUGCCGCAGCGUCUGCGAGCGGGCCAAGGCCGGUUGCGCGCCCCUCAUGCGCCAGUACGGCUUCGCCUGGCCGGACCGCAUGCGCUGCGACCGCCUGCCCGAGCAAGGCAACCAGGACAUGCUUUGUAUGGACUACAACCACACCGACGUCGCCACCGCCGCGCCGCAGCCUCAGCCCAAGCCGCCGCACCGAAAGCCGGCGGGAGGCGGGACGGGCAGGGGCUCCGGGGCUGUGGUGCCGCCUCCGUCCGCCGCGGAUCCUCCGCUCCGCAAAAGCCGCCCUCCAACCCCCUGCGAGCCGGGCUGCCAGUGCCGGGCGCCGAUGGUGUCGGUGUCCAGCGAGCGCCACCCGCUUUACAACCGGGUCAAGACGGGCCAGAUCGCCAACUGCGCCCUGCCGUGCCACAACCCUUACUUCAGCCCGGACGAGCGCGCGUUCACCGCCUUCUGGAUCGGCCUGUGGUCCAUCCUGUGCUUCAUCUCCACCUUCGCCACCGUCUCCACCUUCCUGAUCGACAUGGAGCGUUUCAAGUACCCGGAGCGACCCAUCAUCUUCCUGGCCGCCUGCUACCUCUUCGUCUCGCUGGGCUAUUUGGUGCGCCUGGUCGCCGGCCACGAAAAAGUGGCUUGCAGCGGCGGAGCGGCGGCGGCGGCGGCAGCCGCGGGAGCAGGGCCGGCGGGCCCCGCUGGAGGCGCUGCGGGGGCUGCCGCCGCAGCCGUGGGCGGCCGCGGAGCUGCCGGCGGAGCCGCGGAGCUACAGCCCGACUUGGCGGUGGCUGAGCACGUGCGGUACGAAAGCACGGGCCCGGCUCUGUGCACCAUCGUCUUCCUUUUGGUCUACUUCUUUGGCAUGGCCAGCUCCAUCUGGUGGGUUAUCCUGUCCCUCACCUGGUUCCUGGCGGCAGGCAUGAAGUGGGGCAACGAGGCCAUUGCGAGUUACGCUCAGUACUUCCACCUCGCGGCUUGGUUGCUUCCCAGCAUCAAGUCCAUUGCUGUGCUGGCUCUCAGUUCUGUGGAUGGGGAUCCCGUGGCUGGAAUCUGUUACGUGGGCAACCAGAGCCUGGAGAACCUGCGAGGCUUUGUGCUGGCCCCUUUGCUCAUCUACCUGGCCAUUGGCUCCAUGUUCCUGCUGGCCGGGUUCGUCUCGCUCUUCCGCAUCAGGAGUGUCAUCAAGCAGCAAGGGGGCCCCACCAAGACGCACAAGCUGGAGAAGCUCAUGAUCCGGCUGGGCCUCUUCACGGUGCUCUACACGGUGCCUGCCGCCAGCGUGGUGGCCUGCCUUUUCUACGAGCAGCACAACCGCCCCCACUGGGAAGCCACCCACAACUGUCCCUGCCUGCGGGACCAAGAGCCGGACCAAGCCCGCCGACCAGACUACGCGGUUUUUAUGCUCAAGUACUUCAUGUGCCUGGUGGUUGGCAUCACCUCGGGGGUUUGGGUCUGGUCCGGAAAGACGCUGGAGUCCUGGAAGUCGCUCUGCACCCGCUGCUGCUGGGCCAGCAAAGGGACCGCAGUUGCCGUGGUGGGGAGUAUUGGAGCCAGGGGGGGAGGUGGUGGCAUAGGGUCUGCUGCCGCUGUGGGAGGACUGGGGGGUGGAGGAGGGUCGAUGUACAGCGAUGUCAGCACUGGUUUGACUUGGAGGUCUGGCACAGCCAGUUCGGUUUCCUACCCCAAACAAAUGCCUUUGUCCCAGGUGUAAAAUCUGGAGUUGGAAUGGAGGGAUGCUGCACAUCUCUCUUUGGGAAGAAGCUUCCCCAGGAGCAGGACAGUCCCAGAGGCCCAUGUUGCCAGCCCAUUGUCCUCCUGCCUCUUCCUCCAUUCCUUGUCAGUCAAUCCUUCCAUGUCAAAAGCUGCAUGUUUCUGUGUUGUUGGUAUAAGAAUUUUCUGAAGACAAGAAUUGCCUUAUUUGUCUUCAGCCAGCACAAGCCCCCUUUUGGCCCAGUAGGACUUCUCUGCUCUUUCCCUCCAUCCCUCAAAGGUCUUGAUACAAUGUGAAGGGAUGUCUCGCUAAUUGACCUCCAGGGGUAGAGGAGUCCCUCAAGAAUUUCCCCCUCCCCCCCCUUUUUUAAUGCCAACAACCACAAAACUGGCAGAUGCCUUAAAAUCAUGUGCUCAAAUCAUGUCUUAAUUGUACACCCUUCCCCCAGUAAAUACGGGUUUAUUAUGUUAAAGGAUGUAUUUAUAUAAUUAUUGGUACCUUGUACAAAAUGUGUAAGAUAUGUAUAUAUUCCAAAUGCUAUACAGUCUGUAAAUUUCUUUUGUUUAAAGAAAAAAAUUUAGAGGCUUGCCACCACUGCUCUUGCCUAAGAGUGAAAAGUUUGAGUAUUCUAUUUUGUCAAUAAAAUCAUGUCAAAUGAUUUGUUUGGGAAGGGGCAAUUGCCCCCUUGUUGCUGUCCUAGUUAUUCCUAAUUCUUGACUUUUGAGAAAUACUGAGGUUCCCAUACAGUACUGCUUAAAUAAAUGUGCUAACGUAUCUCAGUAGAAUGCACAGAGGCAUUUUCAGUACUUGAUCCUCAGUGUCCAGCUAUCAACAUUCUUGGCUUGUUGGUGAUGUUGGCUGGAAAAAAGUAGUUACUGGAAUCCUAAAGAUACAUAGUCAAGAAUUCUUGACACCCCCCACCUUUUUUAAAUUAACUGGACACAGAAGGGACUUUGGUGCUGUCUGAAUUUGGUUGUUUUCUUGCAGACGUUCCAUUACCAAACUGGGUUACAUCAUCAGUGCUCAUUUCAACACUGGACUACCAAUAUUAUCCUUUGUUGGUAACUGAACAGAGUCCAGAAGAAGUUAUUAAAGCAAUGGCUUUUGACCACAUCAUAGAGCAAAGUGGGACAGGACUACAUCUCUUAAGGUGUUGAUUCUAAGUGUUGGGUUAAUUAGUUUAUCCUCAAGUCAAUGUCACUCUUAGUAGCCACAUUUUCUCCAUGAUGAUCUGCCUAUAAUCUGGGCCUGCAAAAGUGGCUGGUUUCUCCAUAUAUUGUGGGAUGUGCUAUAAUUCCCAGUUAGCAUCUUGAUUGGGAAUGAAAUUUAUUUGGGACAAAGGCUUUGGGGUCUUCUUGUUCAGGAAUUCUUGCUUUAUCCCACAGUAAUCAGAACAAUAGCAUUUCCGUCCCACAACUUUAUUGUGACAUCUGCCAGUGUGGGAGAAUUGUUGUUAUCCUUUCUAUGGGUUGCCAUUGCUUGCUUGUACUUGCUGUUCAGCAGGCCAAAGCUGAGAAAAGUUGAAAAGUGAUGGAAAAAUAAGCUGAAAACUGGGGGCUUUUAUUGAUGGGAUUCUGUAGACGUGUUUAUAAAGUUCACAUGAGCUUCCAUAGACAUCAAAUGGUCUGGGAAAUGAAGGUGUAUGUCA